AAAAAAAAGUAGGGUUUUGUAAUUCAGCAGCGACGCAAUGGCUUGCACCAUAGAUUUCCGACGCCUCGAUGAAGGCUUCGGAGGCAAAACCUACAAGCGAAAACGCGAAGCUCAAUCGCAUGUCACAACAGACGACGGCGACGCUUCCAUGGAGAUCGACGGGGACACGAUUCCUCCAGCAAAGAGGUCGGCGGUGCCGUCAUCGGAGAAUCCAGACAAGCCGGUAUUCGGAAAUCCGACGUAUGACGGCGUGAUAGCUGGGAGAGUGUCGGGUCGGAAGUGGAAGCAGCCAAGGAAGCAGAGGGCGUCGGCGAAGCUAGUGAGCAGGAAGGGCACUACGUUCGAGCAGAGGGAGCAGCAGAAGGAGAUAAAGAGAGCUUACAGAGAGAGAAUGAAUGAGUUGAAGGAUGAGAUAAAGAGGAAUAAGGAGCAGAAGAGGAAGAAGAGGGAGGAGAGAGAGAAGAAGAAGCAGGAAAAUAUAUUGAGGUCUGGGACUAAGUUGCAGAAGAUUACGAAUCCAAAGACAUUGAAGAAGAUUGCCAAGUCUAAGGAUAGGAAGUUGCUCAAGGUUGUUCCUGAUGAUGUAUUCAAUAAGAACAAGAAAUAGCUUUACUGCUUUGGCUUUUUUAUUUUUUAUUUUUUUUGAGCAUUAGCACUUUCCUUUCUAGCAAGAUUUUGGUGUAAUGGAUGUAAGAAUUUCAGAUUUUGGUGCUUAAUUAUAUUGAUCUUUUUUCUGGGUA